AUGUAUCUUGAUGCACGCUCAAUCUUCCAGGGAGACAUUGAAGGGCUGAGUGCAGAACCUAAUGACAGGAAGCUCCUGUAUGAACAGUGGGCAAGCUACAGCGUUUUCUACAAGUACCAGCCCAUUGGACUCAUCAGGAAAUAUUUUGGGGAGAAGGUUGGACUGUAUUUUGCCUGGUUGGGAGUCUACACACAGAUGCUGAUCCCUGCUGCCAUCAUCGGAGUAAUUGUAUUUCUCUAUGGCUGUGCUACUGUCGAUGAUAACAUACCUAGCAUGGAAAUUUGUGAUCCCAGGAACAAUAUUACCAUGUGUCCACUGUGCGACCAAGCCUGCAGCUACUGGAAGCUGGUCACAGCAUGUGGCACAGCCCGAGCCAGCCAUCUGUUUGACAACGCAGCCACUGUCUUCUUCUCCGUCUUCAUGGCUCUAUGGGAGCGAAGAUCAUUCUCUGGUAAGUUGGGUUUUUUCUCACGGUGUGCAGCAGGUUCAGUAGCUGAAAACCAAGCUUUUUCUGACGCAUUUAACCAGCAUCUCAUGUGUUUGUGUGCCAUCACAAAGAUGAACGUAACAGGAAAAACACACUUCAUUAAUUCUGCCUCUCUUGUAUCUUAGAUAACUGUGACGUUUGUGAUAGUCUUUGGAGUCAUCCUGUACCGGAUUAGCAUCAGGGCAGCGUUGCACAUGAGCAGCCACCCUGUAGUUCGGUACAAUAUCCGAGCCACAGUCAAAACCACUGCUGCCAUCAUCAACCUCAUCAUCAUCAUCAUCUUGGAUGAAAUCUAUGGAGCCAUUGCCCGCUGGCUCACUAGACUGGAGGUUCCAAAGACGGACAAGAGCUUUGAGGAACGCCUCAUCUUCAAGACUUUUAUCCUGAAGUUCGUCAAUGCCUUCACACCCAUUGUCUACUUGGCCUUUUUCAGGGGCAGGCUUGUUGGGAGGCCUGGAAACUACCUGUAUGUUGUUGGGUCUUACAGGAUGGAAGAGUGUGCCCAUGCAGGUUGCCUCAUGGAGCUGUGCAUUCAGCUGUGCAUCACUAUGCUGGGCAAACAGCUCAUCCAGAACAACUUGUUUGAGAUCGGCUUACCGAAGUCAGAGAUGGUUUCCAUUCAAGAGCCGGUGCUGCAUAAAACUCUGAAACGCUACGAGAAGGACCAGCUCCUGGGUCCAUUUGUUGGUCUCAAUCCAGAGUACAUGGAAAUGAUAAUCCAGUUUGGGAUGGUGACUCUGUUCGUGGCCUCCUUCCCUCUGGCGCCUCUCUUUGCUCUUCUGAAUAACAUCAUUGAAAUUCGUCUGGAUGCUAAGAAGUUUGUUACGGAGCUCCGCAGGCCUAUUGCAGCUAAAGCCAAAGACAUCGGUAUCUGGUACAACCUCUUGAGGGGCCUCAGCAAGGUAGCAGUCAUUGUCAACGCCUUUGUCAUCGCGUUCACCUCUGACUUCAUCCCUCGGCUUGUCUACCAACACGUGUACAGUCCUGACGGCACCUUGCACGGCUUUGUCAAUCACACUUUGUCAUACUUUAAUGUCACCGACUUCGAUCCAGGCACAGAACCUCUGCAGCCAAUGCACCUGGGCUACAAGGUGUCAGUGUGCAGAUACAAGGACUACAGAGAUGCUCCCUGGUCCAGCACGAAAUAUGAACUUUCCAAGGAAUUCUGGGCCAUCCUAGCAGCUCGUCUCGCCUUCGUCAUCGUUUUUCAGAAUGUGGUGAUGCUUAUGAGUGACUUUGUGGACUGGCUUAUCCCAGACAUUCCCAAGGACAUCAGCCUCCAGAUCCACAAGGAGAAGAUCCUGAUGGUGGAGCUCUUUAUGAAAGAGGAGCAGGGGAAAAGGUUUGCAGCAAGAGACAACCAAGACAGCUGCACAGUUCCUUCGUCAGCUAAUCAGAGGCCGCCACAGCCACGCUCACGCCCUGUUUCACAGGCACACAGCUCCUAACCUGUGGGUUGGUGGGAAAAGAAUCACAGAUGGCAAUAAGCAAAACCAGUCCUGUCACUGAGCUGUCAGAGCGGUCGGGUUACGGUCAAAGCUACCUGUGUUCAGUCCACAUUAACAGUCAGUUUUGUAAUAUCAGCAAAGGCUUUGCUGCACUUGCAUUUUCCAUCUUAGACCACUAACCAUAAAUCCUCAACUUAUGUUACCAACUUCUUCUUUAUUGGAUGUAAACAAGGAAAGAAAAAGCCAUUCAACCUUCAGCCUCUCUUUAACCCUUUCUCUGCCUGUCGGCUUUACAGAGCCAGAAGAAGUGAUUUAAACUCUAAAACUAUUUACAGCAUUUCAGGUUUUAUUUAUUUGAAGAUUUUGCCAAAGAAAAACAUUUUCCACUACAGCGCUCACACUUUGUAAUUCAAGCUAUUAUUUGGCAUAGCUAGCUAUCAACUAUGAGUAAGUAAAAGUGCGUUUUCUUAAUUACUAGUGUAGAGUUUGUGUGCUCAUAAGGGAAAUGAAAUAUAGUAGUAAGUGUUUGCGGUGUGCGUGUUAUUGUGUUUUAAAAUGUCAACAAGACAAGAACUUUGCAUUUUUUAAGUUGUUGAUGUCUCUGAAAAGUAGGAGCAGAGUGUCACAUGAAGUCACCACAGGAACAGGUUUGAACACAGCGUUACGGAGGUUGUCUGCCUUAAAUCACUCAGCUCCUCGAGAGAUUUCCAGCAUGAAAUGAUCGUCUUUCUGUCGACAAUGAUCAUUUUUCAUAUAUUUGUAUUUAAAAACAUUACCUUGCAACCAUUUUUAAAGCUGCAAUUGCAGCUUUUUAAGCACAAAGAAUGAAUAACGUUGUCUUUUAUAUUUAUUCAAUGAAUGAGUUUCAUGAAUCCGUAGGUGACCAGGGAUCUGCUGACUUUAGCAACUUUCUAAAAAUGGAUUAUUGUUGUCCCAAUUUGAAUUCAUAGUUUUGUAAACAAGAAACUACAAAUAUUCUUAUCACUAAUAGUGUAACUUCUUUCUGAGCUGUCACAACAACUGCACAUUUUAAUUUACUAAAUAAUUUUAGUAAUCUCUGGCUUAGUUUGUUAGUAGUCAUAGUCAUUAAUAGAGCACAUGUACGGGGUAGUAGUGCCUUUGUUAGCUUAAUUUCUUUCAUCACAACCUUUUAUAACUUUGUAAAAGCUGAUGUCGUACAUGAACCCUCU